UUUAAAAUCAGAGCGCCCUAAUUCCCUAUCUCUCGACUCCUCACCGGAAACCGCGCAGACCGCCUUGCCUGCGCCGCCUCGUAGCCGGUCUUUCCCUUCCAUUUGGAGCUAUACUCACAAGCACCUGUAGCCAUCUUUGUUUACAGAGAAAUGGAAUUGAAGCCCUCAAUACCUUCUUCGAGCCUUAUUGAUCAACAAGUGUUUCCAGGAGAUGUGGUACUGGACCUCUCCAAAAUAACUAGUCAAACCAUCAAGCUUGGUGGCGGCCUCCGUCAGGAUGGUGACUUAAUAUCUGUCAUGAAGGGUGGAGUUUUGAGAUUCUCAAAACCUAACAAAUAUUGGGUUGAAACCUCCCAAAAACGGUAUGUGCCUAGUGCUGGGGAUAAUGUACUUGGAAUAGUAGUUGAUGCAAGAUCCGAUAAUUUUUUCGUGGAUAUAAAAGGUCCAACCUUAGCCUUCCUGCCAGUACUUGCUUUUGAAGGCGGAACUAGGAGAAAUAUUCCCAAGUUUGAGAUGGGCACAUUGUUGUAUGUCCGAGUUGUCAAGGCAGAUACCGGCAUGAACCCCGAGUUAUCCUGCAUGGAUGCCUCUGGAAAAGCGGCAGAGUAUGGUCCCCUUAAAGAAGGGUUCAUGUUUGAAACGUCAACCGGCUUAUCAAGAACGCUGCUGAGCUCUCCAACAUGCCCUGUUCUUGAGACUCUCGGGAAAAAGAUUGCUUUUGAGAUCGCUGUUGGUUUGAAUGGCAGGGUGUGGGUGAAUUCUUCUACUCCAUCAAUUGUUGUACUAGUUUCAAAUACAAUCAUCCAAACGGCGUCUAUGAGCCCUACGCAGCAAAAAAUCAGGGUGGAAAGCUUGCUCCAGAAAAUGCAAUGAACAAAUACACCUUAUGAUUUUGUCUAUUUUUUGUUGAACUUGCUGUAGUUACUCUUUAGUUUUCUGUAGAGGUACUCGAUUUGGAUCAGUGGUCGAUUUCUAGGUUUCGUUGUAAACCUAAUUGGUUACUUCCAAUCACGGAAAUCAAUAGUUCAAACCGCAUUUGGUUAUUUUCCAUUUUUGUAUAAACUUUUGUACCGGCAUCAAUGGUAUCUCCAAUUAUAGCGGCUCUGGGAUGUUUUGUUA